GCCAUCCAUUCCAUCCCCAAGGCAAAACACACCACCUCAUCUCAUCUCAUUCUCAUCAGCGAGCAACUCCUCCAACUCGUGACAGACGUGUUAGAGACGCAGAGGCAGCCGCAACCGGAGAAAGACUACCUCGCCGUCGUCGUUGCCGGGCUAGCUUACUCAAAAGUUGGGAGAUGGAAACCGUCGUGGGAGACCUCAUGGCCACCGAGCUCAGGCUUGGCCUGCCGGGCACAGCCGACGACAGCCAGCCCCAGAUGAUGAAGGCGGCGGUGCCGUCGGCGCCGUCGACGCCUAGGGGCAAGAAGCGCACCACCACCGACGCUGUGGAGGACGCCGCCGCCGCCGAGGAGGCCAGCAAGCAUGAUGCCGAGGCAGCACCUCCUGCAGCCAAGGCCCCCGUCGUAGGUUGGCCACCGGUGAGGUCCUACCGGAAGAGCUGCUUCAAGGCGAGCAGCAAGCAGAUCAGCAAGGCGACCAAAGAGGAGGCGGCGCCGGCCAGCAGCAACGCCGCCGCACCGUCCGCGGCCGCAAGCACCACCACCGGCUCCUUCGUGAAAGUGAGCAUGGACGGCGCCCCCUACCUGAGGAAGGUGGACCUGAGGAUGUACAAGGGCUACAGGGAGCUCCGCGAGGCCCUGGAGGCCAUGUUCGUCUCCUCCAACAGCGGCGGUGCCAACCUGUCCGAGUUCGCCGUCACCUACGAGGACAAGGACGGCGACCUCAUGCUCGUCGGAGACGUGCCGUUCGAGAUGUUCACUAGCACUUGCAAGAAGCUGAGGAUCAUGAAGAGAUCUGAAGCCACAGGCCUGGGUUCAGCGAGACAAUGAGAAGAUCUAUCUGAGGGCCAGACAGCAUGUCAUGAGCUUCUUUUUUUUUUUCUUCUUUUUAUUAUUUUUGUUCUACUGGUUGGAUCCCCAAGCCAAAGGAUGAGCUUGGGUGCGUCAAAGCGCAUACAUGGAUGUGUGCAGCUUUGAUUCUGUAAGACAAUUAGGUCUUUUAGCAGCACAAAGGAGAUGUGCUGAGGUUGUUUCAGUUAACUCUCCAUGUGUUUGUACAAACGAAACACAGUUAUAUUGAUCGUUGAUUAUUACUUGA